AUGACGACACAAAUCUCAGACAAAGGAGAAGGCCUGUUGCAAAAAUCGGUCGCUGCUGCGUUUCCGAGUUCGGACAGAAGUGAAUCGACUAGCACGCCUGCAGAGAUGCAGAGACCCAGGAAGCAAAUCAGCGGACACGGAGUGGCAGAAACCAAUUCGGAAUUGAAAUCAGAAAAACGAAAGGAGGAAGACAAAGAGGAAGAAAAAGAAGAAGAGAAUGAUGAAGAAGAGAGGAAAGGAGAAGGAAAAGAACAAGAAGAAAAAGAAGAAGAUGAAGAAAAAGAUGAAAAAGAAGCAGAAGAAGAAAAAGACGAAGAAGAAAAGAAAGAGGAAGAAAAGGAAGAAGAGGAAGAAGUUGAAAAGGAAAUGGGGAAUGGGGAAGAACAAGGAGAAAGGGCGGAACAAGACGAGAACGAAGAGGAGGAGGAAGAAGAAAGGGGAAAAGAAGAAGAAGAAGAAGAAGAAGAAGAAGAAGAGGAUGAGGGCAAAGAUAAGGAAGAUGAGGAAAAAAGAGACGCAAAACAAAAAACUACUAAUGCUAUUAAAACAGAAAAAGUGCCUGGGAAGGAGAACAAGGAAAAGUCGACAGUAGGGAAAAACAUGGUGGAUGUGCAAGACGAGGUAGCGCAUAGCACUUCGCCAAGUCAGGUGGCGGCCGCGUAUCCCGUAUCCACUACAACGACGAUCCCUGCACGAUCGACAGUACACACCUGGAUUACGAGCUCGGACGACGGAUCUGUCAGUACGAUAGAUGUGGGAACCGAUAGAGUACACAUUCCCACGACAGGUCCUGCCGAUUUUUCUGGCCUCGUGGGGUCUUCAAUUGAACCCACUAAUUUGACAGCAUCUGAAGACGCUGAAGAGACUUCAGCGUCCCCCGCAGUCGCGCAUCGCGUGACAGCUACUCCGACAAUACCAAUACGAUCGACAGAACAGAGGUCGAGUCUGACUUUGGAGGACGGAUCUGCCAUGUUAACCGAUGCACCAGAGCAUCCAGACGCGUCAAAUUUCGUGGAAUCUUUAACAGAACCCACUGAUUUGGCAGCAUCUGAAAACAGUGAACAAUCUAUCACAUCUUCUGCGGUCACAGAUCCUGUCAUAACUACACCAACAAUUUCAGCAGAAUCAAAAGAAAAAAUUUCGAAUAUGGUGGUGGAUGACGUAUUCGCAAGUACUGCGAAUGUGCAAAUCGAUGCAGCACACAUUCCUCCAACAGAUUCUGCUGAUUUCUCGAGCAUCUUAGGAUCUUCGAUAGAAUCCACCGAUUCGGCAGCAGCUGCGAACGUUGAAGAGACUUUGUCGUCUCCCACGAUCUCGCAUCUGAUAGCAGCUACUUCGACAAUCCCUUCUCAAUCGACAGAACAGAGGUCGAGUUCGAUGAUGGACGAUAGAUCUGCCAGGACGUUGGAGGUGCAAACCGAGGAAGUGGAGCUUCUUACAACAAGUCCUGCUGAUUUGACUGGCAUCUUAGGAUCUUCAGAUGAACCAACAGAUUUGGCAGCAUCUGAGAACGCUGAAGAAACUCCGGCGUUUCCCACGAGCUCGCAUUUAGUGGCAGCUACUUCGACAAUCCCCUACCAAUCGAUAGAACAAAGUUCGAGGUUAACUCUGGACGGCAGAUCGGCCAGUACGACUAGUGUACAAACCGAUGCAGCACGCAUUUCCUCAACAGACUCCUAUGGUCUGUCGGACACUUUAGGAUCUUCAAUUGAACCUACUGAUUUGGCAGCAUCCCAGAGCGCUGAAGAAGCUUCGGCGUCCUCCACAAUCUCGCAUCUCUUGCCGGCUACACCGAAAAUUCCCGAUUUGUCAGAGGUAGCAGGAUCUUCAAAAGAACCCAUUGGCUUGGCAAAGUCUGAGACCACUGAACAAGCCUUAACAACUUCAACGGUCUUAAAUCAUGUGACAGCCACUUCAAUAAUAUCCGCCCAAUCGACGGAACAGAGUUCGAAUUUGACUUUGGAUGACGGAUCUGUCAGAACGCUGGACGUUCAGACCGAUGAAGCACCGAUCCCCACAGCAGGUCCUGUUGAUUUGACUGGGAUCUUAGAAUCUGCAAAUGAACCCACCGAUUUAGCGGCAUCCGCGAAUAUCGAAGAAGCUUUGGCGUCCCCCGGGAUCUCACAUCUCAUGCCAGCUACUUUAACAAUCCCAUCCGAACCGACAGAUAAGAGUUCGAGUUUAAUGCUGGACGGUGAAUUUGCCAGUACGAUGGAUGUGCAAUCCAAUGCAUCAAACAUUCCCUUAGCGCAUUUCGCCGAUUUGUCUGGCAUGCUCGGAUCUUCAAACGAACCCAUCGAUUUGGCAGAAUCUGAGAACGCUAAGGAGGCUUCGGCGUCCUCCACUAUCUCGCAUCUAGUCGCAGCUACACUGACAAUUCCGGAACAUCCGACAGAACACAGCUCGAGUCUAAUGUCAAGUGAGAGAUUUUCCAGCACUCUGGAAGUUCUACCGCGAAGUUCCCUCAGCAUCAGAUCAGUGAUUUCGUCCGAUGAGGCUGAUGGGCAUCAUCCACUUUUACCUGCUACUGACACAAUUUCUGGUGCGGCCUCCGCACCUACUUUCGAUGGCGGAAAUUCGGGUACAACAACGGAUAUGCCUGUGUACGGUGCCGAUGCCUUAACCGGCAUUUCAGAAUUAAGGCAUCAUUCUUCAAAUUCAGAUCACUCAAGAGACGAAGUUGUCCCUACAGAUAAACCCACGGUUCUGGCUGCUUCUGAAAACUCAUGGAAACAUCACGUGACUCAGUUCUACGGACGUCUCCCCGGUGUUUCAUCAACUGUUUUAUCUGCCUUCGGAGAAGACAGUUCAAGUACUGAUGUUGACAAAAGUUCGCAAAGCACCCAAGUAGCGUACACCGAUCAGACUCUAAUUUCGGAUCUGUCUGACGACAAUUUGGGAGUUUAUCAGGAAGGCAGCUUAUUGGGCAGUUCACUGUAUAGUCCAGAACCGCCGGUGUAUCACAAUACUAAAGGUGCUGGGUCAGUUCUGUCAACUGUUUCACCUGUCAUCGGAGAGCGUUCCUCGAUCUCAGAUAUUCGUGUGGGCUCACCGAGUAACUUAUACGUAUCCCUGGACCCAAAUUCUGAAAAUCUGUCCCCAAUCCGCGGACAGUCGGAAGCCAGCAUGAAAACUCUAAAAGAAGCCACCCUUGCGGCCGUUUCUGAGCGACCUCAAGAGCGUCCCAUGUCUCCCAUGAGUGCUACAAAUGACGAUUCAAACCUAAAACAAGCGGGGGCUAACUCUGCAACUCCAAUCGAAACCACGCAGAAAACUCAACAGCUCCCAAUGUCUUCGACUGUCGUUGCUUCCGGAGCGGUUAUACAACCUGCUUCAUUGCCUACCAAAGAUAUCAUUUCAACUUUGGGUGUUGAAGAAGUUCCGGACAGUCCUCCUUCAACGACCGUCAGCAGUGUCAGCCCACGCUCAAAGUCUGACGAAUUUUUAUAUAACACCGUAGUCGUGUCUGCCGAAACGCACUCUCCAAACCCGGAGCAGUCGGUAGAAAAGCUGGCAUCUGUUCAAGCUACAGUUCUGGCCAUAUCGGAGAACGCCCAGGAGCAUCGUGUUGCACCUACUGAUGAGGUCUUGGUUUCAGUUGCGCCAGCCAUUUCGCUUGCCGUCGUGAAUAUCAGUUCGCUAUUGAACGUAGAAAACGGCGUAGUAACGUCCUCAGACACUGCAUCCAACAUUAAAGUGGGAGAUAUCUCGGGAAACUCAGAAGAACCCUCUGUUUUUACUACUGUCGAGGGCUAUGAAGAACAUUGGACAUCUGUCCCCUCCAUGAUAUCUGCAUCAUCUGAGUCAGUAGUCCAACAGAAUUCACCUUCUGGCCCCAGCGGUUUUGAGGGUUUUCUUAGCAUCCCCGCCGUCCAUCCAGAUUCACCAAUCUUCGCGAAUAAGGGGGGGUCGGAUGAGUCGAGAGAUGUCAGUGGUUCGUCGCAAGAAACUGCGAGUUCUUCCGGAUCUGAUGAUUUUCAGAACCAUCCCAUGUCUCUGUCUGUCACAGCGCACACAACAACUGAACCUACUCAGUCACCGGACGUUAAGAAAGACAACCACAGUUCAAACUUUGACGAAAGUCCCGUGACCGAGACAAUAACCGCAGUACCUAGAGACCAGUCCUCAGACUUGGCCCAGACAAGUGAUGAAUUAGGGACUUUAGCAGAAUCGACCGCUAUGCCUACUUCUGAAUACCCCCGAGAACAAGAACUAUCCAGUGACGUUGCAGUUUCCAUGUCAGACGAGCCAAACGACUACUCACGAGGCGAGAGAAAUCUUUCCUCAAGCCCAAAUUUUGACGGAGGCUUGUCAGGCACUGAUGUGUCAUCGGAUCCCACUCUACUUGGCAAACCGCAGAUGAAAACUACUGAUGAUUCGGCCAAUCCUGGUGGCUCUCAAGAGCAUUCAGUUGGCCUCAGUGGUACUGACUUCACUUCUGCUCCAAUACACUUUUUACCUAUGGCCAACGAAACUACCUCGAGCUCAGAUGGUCAUGAAGGUUUAGCUGAAAGUGCUAACCUGUCAAAGUCACCCAUAUCAGGCAUUCAGCCUCCAUUCGCUGAAGCGGCGUGGGAUAAUUCUGAAACUCCUCUGGAAUCCAAGCCUUUCACUACCUCAAAGGAUGUGUCAACUGCACCUACUGUUACAGCGGUCACUUCGAGCCCGAAUGCUAACGAAAGUUCACCAGGCACCGUUGACUUACAGACGGGCGCACCACUGGACGACCAAUCUUCCGGUCCCUACCAGUAUGGAGCGGACAUCGGAAUUGAUUCUGAAUCCACUGAUUUUAGCUCCACGGAGGGCCAUUUCACGCCUGCUAAUGAGUCCGCUUUUAAGAAUUCGUACUCGUCCGUCGCAGAUAGUACUUCUGAGGUUCUGGAAACUACUAUAAACCCACAAACUGCUUCACCACCUAUUGGCCAGAGAAUAGGCGUUGACCUGUUUGACAAGAACGUGGGUUCCUCAGAAACGCCCAGCUUUCCAGCUCACACCAGUACUCCUCAGAGACAUGCAGUUGAGGCUUCAGCGUCAGAUGUGCCAACUCCCUCACAAUCCGCCGCCCACAAAAGUAAAACUGUCAGCUUCACGGGUGUCUUGGAAGACACCACAGGCAGAGCCGAAACCGUCAUUUACACUGAAUUUACCCCCGGUGUCGUCAGCAAUGCGGAUCAUGUUGAACGUGAGCCAAUGCUUUGA